GCAUUUUGUAUGCUGUUUAGUUAUCAUUUUGGUAGAUCGUGAAGUAGUUUUGUGUGUUACUUAAUUAAUCAUGAGCAAUUUCAAAAUCUCCGGUUUUGCCGCAUUGUUCUUUUUGGGCUUGUUUGCUACACCCACAAGGGGACAUUUCAAGAAGUUCGGUGGCUUUGGCGGCGGUUUCGGUGGUGGUUAUAGUGGUGCUUAUGCCACCAGUAGCAUUGUAAAUAAUUAUCAAGUGGCACCCGUUCCAGUAGCUGUGCCAGUUUCGAUACCACAACCUGUUCCUGUGCCUAUUACGAAAGUAGUGCAUGUACCAGUGCCAGUACCGCAGCCCAUCUGGCCCAGCGGUGGUGGUUGGGAAGGUAGUUACGGCGGUUAUGGCGGUGGCGGCAGCUUUGCCAGCGCAUCUGCAUCGGCCUCAAGCUUCGGUGGCGGCUAUGGCAGUGGUUUGGGAAGCCUAGGUGGUUUCGGUGGACACGGUUUUGGUGGCUUUGGCAAACAUAGUUUCGGAGGGUUUGGCGCAUUGAAACGUCGUUAAGUUUUAUUAACUAAUAUCUCGUUUUAGUUUUUUUGCUUAAAAUAUUUAUUUUUGUAAUUAAUUGUUAAAUAAAGCUAUUUAAAGAUUUAAAGAUAA